AUGUCCACUGAGAUGAUGACCUCAGAGCAAGUUCAGUCACGGGAGGACCCGGAAGACAGGCGGGAGAAGCUAGACGCUCACUGCAACCACCUGGGUGAUCUUUCAGACCAAUUCAUUGAGGACUGUGAUCUCAAAAGGAAGCCAAGAAAGGGGAAAAAUGCACAGGCCAACCUGAAUGUAGACUCUGACCAGAAAAAGCCUCGGAGGAAGGACACACCAGCACUGCACAUCCCUCCCUUCAUCCCAGGUGUGAUUUCAGAACAUUUAAUUAGAAGAUACGAUGUUCAAGAAAGACAUCCCAAAAGCAAAACCAGCCCCACUCUUCAUAAUGCUGAUGCGGAACAGAAGAAGCCAAGGAGAAAAGACACACCUGCCCUGCAUACGUCCCCCUUGACAGCAGGUGUGACUCUGCUCAGGGGGGAGAGACCUCGAGUGAUCGCAGAAGAUGACGAAAAGGACGGGAACAAGAUGGCUAUUUAA